CCCCUUCCCCGACGUACCAUCAAGCACCAACACAGUAGCGGCCAAACCGAUCCAAACAAGCUUCCCUAAAAUAACUUCGCCGGACCUAGGGUUUCUGCAAAUCAAUGGCCACCAACACCAUGUCAGCGCUUCCAAUCCCGAAUUGCUUUAGAAGACACAGUAAUUGUUCACUACCUCUGCGCUUCAACCCCAAUCCAGACAACUCGGCGAGUUCUCUGACCGGAAAUAGUCUCUCAAUCCGCCCGGCCAAUCUCUACUGCCGCGUUCCGAAACACCGCCGGUCAACCGUCGCGACGGUCUUGCUUAGCCUCCCAACUAUGAAACAACGAGAGAGUGCUGCUUCUGAGAAAGUUCCAAAAUGGUCGGCGAGGGCGAUAAAGUCCUUUGCGAUGGCCGAAUUGGAAGCCAGGAAGCUCAAGUAUCCCAAUACUGGUACGGAAGCUCUUUUGACGGGCAUAUUGGUCGAAGGAACCAGUUUGGCUGCGAAAUUUUUGAGGGAAAAUGGAAUUAUGCUUUUCAAGGUGCGAGAAGAAAUUGUUAAGUUACUUGGAAAGUCUGACAUGUAUUUUUUCAGUCCCGAGCAUCCUCCAUUGACUGAACCAGCCCAGAGGGCCCUUGAUUGGGCUGUUGACACAAAACUGAAAUCAGGUGAAAGUGGGGAAAUAACCACAACUCAUUUACUUCUUGGGAUUUGGUCGGAAAAAGAAUCAGCUGGUCAUAAGAUAAUGGCUACCUUUGGUUUUGAUGAUGGGAAGGCUAAAGAGCUGGCCAAAAACAUGGACAAGGAUAUUGUCUUGAGGUUUAAGUAGGGAAAGAGAAGAGUUUCCAACAGUAGGACUUGCUUCUUGUUUCGGGUACCUUCCCAGAACAGCUGCCAAAAGAUUAAUUAUUUAUCCGAGGAAACCGUGAAAUUCUGCUAUAUGCAAUCCUGUGCCAAUUUUCCCACUGAAUGCUUCUUCCGAGGACACUAAAUUUGCAAUUAUUUGGGUAAUUACACUGAAGUUCACAAAGCCAAAGACACCAAUUGCGGGCGGCAAUUGAUUAUGUGGUCAAUAUCUUGGCGUCUCUUCCUCUUUUGAUAGUCUUUCCCGAAGCUUGGUUGAACCGAUUUUUUUUUCUUUUAGUAGACAUUUCAUUCCAAAUUGUGAAAAUGUACUUAACUUUUUGAAAGUGCUUUCGUAAUCCAUGGAUGGCUGUUCAGUUGCCUUA